AUGAGGUGCCUGCUUGUGAUUGCGCUGUGUGUGCUGGUUGCCGUCCUGGCUGCCCCGCCCCAUGAGAAGGGCCUGAUCAUCAACCUGGACAACGGUGAGCUGUGUGCCAUCAGCAUGCAGUGCAAGAGCUCCUGCUGUCACCGGAGCAGCGGCAUAAGUCUGGCACGCUGUGCCCCCCAGGCUGCUGAAAACCAGGAGUGCUCCAAGAAGACCCUGUAUGGCACCUACUAUCGCUGCACCUGUGAGAGCGGCCUCAAAUGCAAAGGUGAUAUCAGCAUCGGAGGCUCCAUUACCAACACCAACUUUGGAAUCUGCGUAGACCCAAACAGCAAGGAGGCCAGCGCCAACUAAGGAAAGAGCCGAUAAUAGGGCACGAUACGAUGCUGAGUGCCCCACCCCCCCAACAACAAUGUUAGUCACAAUAAAGAA